GCUUUCUCAUAAUGACAUGACAAGCAUGCGGUGGAGCACACGUCGGACGUCCACCGCAUCCAAUACAGACACGGCCCUCGAGCAAUUCUCCAUCAUUGCUAGUGGAGUAGUUGACAGCGAGCACGGACGGUUCAGGCUUGAUCCUGUCCGGUCCCUGGCGGUGGCGUCGUGCAUAACCGUGCCUCAGUCAAGUGCACAUCUGCCUCGGCGGAGGUACGAAAUGACCGCACAAGGAUGCCUGGCCAUGUAUGAAGUUAUUAUAUCUUCGGAGAUCGUGUCGGAUAGCGAGCCCUUGUCGUGCGGAUAUCGACUGUAUGUCUCGAUCAGUGCUUGGACCUGGCUGAUUGGUGGGACUUCACAAGGUGGGACUUCACAAUCAAUCAAAAUCUAUGUAAGUAGGCAUUUCUCGGAUAGAUACUCCCGGGCCGUCAUCCGACGUUCGCUAUAUGCACAGUGGUCAAAACGACAGCGGUGACGUCGGUAUGUCGCGAAGGACCUGAUAGCUUGUUGUGAGGGCUAGUUGCAGAUGACACCAUAUCCGGUAUGGUCGCUACAAUGUUGAACUUGGAGGUCGACGAGACGACGCGAGGCACGUGCUCGCAGCGAUAUUGGGGCGUAGCCUGUUGCACCGUCGACGUCUCGUCCCUCGACAAGGCACAGAAUCACCGGUUGCGUUCCUGCGCCGACGCCCAUCAUCCCCGUCUUAUUGUCUACAGCGGUGCCAGACCUCCAGUGCGGAAUGCUACUUCCAGAGUCCCCAAGGAGCGCCGCGCCACCGAGCAAGCGCCACAUCACGCGCCGGGUACCGUGGCGCACCGCUCGGAUUCUUACUUCUGAUUCCUUCAGUCGUGCAGUAACUGGCCAAUGAAGAUAGCGAUAACGGGUUCCACUGGGCGUAUUGGUCAAUGCGUCGCUCAGCUGGCGUUAGG